AUGCAGAGUGCAUCCGAUGUGAUAUCUUCCUUGUUUUGGUUCAAAGACGACAGUGAUGUAGACGAUGAAAAAGAGCAGCAAAUAAUUGAACAAUUUGUGCAUCAUGUCGAAGAUUUUAGCUCUCAGUAUGGGAGCGAAAUCAGUGUUUCUUAUACGGCGUUCAAUCUUCGUGGGCCACCUUCUAAUUUUCCCGAUUACGGCGAUUAUCCCCAGGCGUUCGUAAUGCGGACCUAUGGAACUUGGUGGGAAGAAGCACCAUCAGCCCAAGAGGACUAUAUGCCACAAAAUGCCAAUGCAAUAACCAGCCAAGAUUUUGUAGAAGUAUCCUUCGAAAAAGUGGUCUACCCAUUGGAGGUGUCUAUCUUCGAGACAUACAACCCUGGGGCCUUGGUCCGGAUUUGGGCGCGAGGACCUUCUACAUGGAUUUUACUAUGGGAAGGUGAACCUGAAUAUGUUGGUGAUACACCCAGAAUCUUCAGUCCACCGAUUAGACAGCUAAAUGUACCAACAAGGAUUUUGAGGUUGGAAUUCAAUCACAAAUUGCUCCCGUACUACACAGAGCUCGACGCAGUACUACUCCGCGGAAAGCAGCCUCCUAACGUAGCGAAGAACAUGAGAAACAAUUUUUCUUAUUCGUCUUUGUUUUAUAAUAAAUCGCAGCCGGUUGUUGAAAAAGGUCAGCUUCUGAACCGAAUUAUAGCGUCUAAUCUUCAUGAGGCGCUCGUACCUCAAAUUCCCACACCUCGGAAUGAAAAGCACAUCGAUACGGGACCGCCACUGGGUGACUUUCAACAACUACCUGAUGAAACAAUAUUAUGCGUGAUGAAGUUUUUGGAUAUUCAGUCUCUAUGCCGAUGUGCUCAAGUCAACAGACACUUCAACAGACUCGCUUCUGACUCUAUCUUGUAUCGGAGUAUAGAUCUCAGACCUUAUUGGCAUUGUGUGCAGUCACAGGUGCUAAUAACGCUGUCAAUGCGUUGCAAAUUCCUACAGAAACUCGACCUGUCGUGGUGCGGCAGCCAUCGCAUGAUACAGGCCAAUUAUGUGGUCAAUUUCCUGAAAGACAGCGGGGCCGAAUUAACACAUCUGCGUAUGAAUUGCUGCAAAUUUGUUGACAAUUCAGUGCUAAGAGCUAUUGUUGACACCUCGACAUGCUUACAAGAACUAUGUCUACGAUCCGUGGUCGGCUGUUCAGACUGGGUAUGCCUGUCUUCUCUCAGGAAGUUAAAAAGACUGGAUCUUUAUAGAACUGAUAUAACCACUCCAGCAGCUGUGGCGAUUGUCAGAUCCAACCCUGGACUACGCCACCUCAAUGUUGGGUCAUGCAAGAUGAUAUCUUCAAUGGAUGAAGUGGCAAUUGCUUUGGGGGCAAAUUGUCCGCACCUCGUAUCGGUGGAUUUUUGGAAGUCGUAUUCUUUGACACCAAAUGGAAUCAGGGCGCUUGGCAACUGUAAAAAAUUACAAGAGCUUGAUGUUGGCUGGUGUUUACAAGCUGGCACGUCUGGCGAGUGGCUGGCUUGGUUAGCUGGUUACGAACUUCGAAAGCUUUUCCUUGGAGCACUCCGAGGCGUUGGUGAUCGGGACUUGCGAGCUCUUCUACCUCGGGCCCCCAAGUUAGCUCAACUUGAUUUACUCGGCGUCAGGGCGGUUACACCUGAUAUUUGUGACUCGAUCUUAGCAGAAUGCAGAGAGCUUCGACUACUGGAUGUCAGUUUUUGCGAUCAGAUUCAGGAAUCUCAGGUACUAGAAUGGCGUGAGCAAUAUCCACAUGUAAGUAUAAAAAGGUCAUUCCAAUCCGCAAACUUAAACAUGGCUCCAAACCCGUUGUUCUUAGCCCCGAGCUUAGAGUAA